AUGCGCCGGUCGGUCUGGCUGGCGCUGGCCGCGUCGCUCUUGCACGGUAAAGCCGCCAGGGCUCCCCCCUCUACUUCUCCUCCGCGGGAUCCCGGGCGCAUUCCGGCGGCUCAGCGCCCCGCGCCGGGGCCAGUGUCCCUGCAAGGCGAGUUCCAGAGGAAGCUCUACAAGGAGCUGGUCAAGAACUACAACCCUUUGGAGAGGCCCGUGGCCAACGACUCGCAGCCACUCACCGUCUACUUCUCCCUGAGUCUCCUGCAGAUCAUGGACGUGGAUGAGAAGAACCAAGUUUUAACCACCAACAUUUGGCUGCAGAUGUCUUGGACAGAUCACUAUUUACAAUGGAAUAUGUCAGAAUAUCCGGGUGUGAAGACUGUCCGUUUCCCAGAUGGCCUGAUUUGGAAGCCAGACAUUCUUCUCUAUAACAGUGCUGAUGAGCGAUUCGAUGCCACAUUCCACACCAACGUGUUAGUUAAUUCUUCUGGGCAUUGCCAGUACCUCCCUCCAGGCAUAUUCAAGAGCUCCUGCUACAUUGACGUGCGCUGGUUCCCCUUUGAUGUGCAGCAGUGCAAACUGAAGUUUGGGUCCUGGUCCUAUGGAGGGUGGUCCUUGGAUCUACAGAUGCAAGAGGCAGAUAUCAGCGGCUAUAUCCCAAAUGGAGAAUGGGACCUUGUGGGAAUCCCAGGCAAGCGGAGCGAGAAGUUCUAUGAGUGCUGCAAAGAGCCCUACCCAGACGUUACCUUCACAGUGACCAUUCGCCGCAGGACCCUCUACUAUGGCCUCAACCUACUCAUCCCCUGUGUACUCAUCUCCGCACUGGCCCUCCUCGUCUUCCUGCUUCCUGCAGAUUCAGGGGAGAAAAUUUCCCUGGGGAUAACAGUUUUACUCUCUCUUACUGUCUUCAUGUUGCUGGUAGCUGAGAUCAUGCCUGCGACAUCUGACUCGGUGCCCUUGAUAGCCCAGUACUUUGCCAGCACCAUGAUCAUCGUGGGCCUCUCUGUGGUCGUGACGGUGAUCGUGCUGCAGUACCACCACCACGACCCUGACGGUGGCAAGAUGCCCAAGUGGACCAGAGUUAUCCUUCUGAACUGGUGCGCAUGGUUCCUGCGCAUGAAGAGGCCGGGGGAGGACAAGGUGAGGCCGGCUUGCCAGCACAAGCCGCGUCAGCGUCGCUGCAGCCUGGCCAGCGUGGAGAUGAGUGCGGUGGCUGGACCGCCCACCACCAACGGCAACCUGCUCUACAUCGGCUUCCGCGGUCUGGAUGGGGUGCAUUGUGCCCCCACCCCCGACUCGGGCGUCGUGUGUGGUCGCAUGGCCUGCUCCCCCACGCACGACGAGCACCUCCUGCAUGGUGGGCAGUCCUCCGAGGGGGACCCGGAGCUGGCUAAGAUCCUGGAGGAGGUCCGCUACAUCGCCAACCGCUUCCGCUGCCAGGACGAGAGCGAGGCCAUCUGCAGUGAGUGGAAAUUCGCGGCGUGCGUGGUGGACCGCCUGUGUCUCAUGGCCUUCUCUGUCUUCACCAUCAUCUGCACCAUCGGCAUCCUGAUGUCAGCCCCAAACUUCGUCGAGGCUGUGUCGAAAGACUUCGCUUAACCCUGUCUUGGUCCCCAACAUGUGGGAAACGCACCGACAGGCGAUGCCUUUGGCUUGGGGAGAAUUCGGGGUGCUACACUAGACGUGAGGAUGCUGAUGUACCCGGAGCGCUCGCUGCCAGUCAUAUCCGUUAUAGUUUCCUUGUUACUUUGAAUAAUAGAAUCUCAGCACGUUUUGUUGAACCCUCUCAGAUGGGCUACUUCAUAUUCUUGGAACAUCCUUAGGGUCACCAGGACCACUGAAAGCUGUUUUUGCCCAUUCCCCAAUGCCUGGUGAGCCCUUCAGAGAGGUCAGGGUGGCUCGAGACCGCCAGGGGAGGCCUGUACAGUUGGUUUUGCAUGCCUGCAUGUCACUUGCCAGAAGGCCUAUGUGAAAAUUCAGCAUAAGCUUUUGCCUGUUUACAAACCUCGAUGGAAAGUAACAAUAAUAGUAAUAAACCACCCUCACUAGAUCCAUUCAGAUAAUUGGUAAAAGGACACAAAACUAAAAGUAAAAACCUAACUGCUCGUUUUUCUGUGAUUCAGAUUUUAUUUUUAUCUGCCAUAGAUGGUAGAGAGAGACAAUUUUACACUGCUCUUGCAUUUUAUUAGAGAGAGAGAGAGGCAUAGUUGGUCUUUUAAAUUAUGCUUUUACCAGUCUGAUUUUCUGCCAAGCUACCCUGUGGUGGGAAUCAGGAGGGACAU